GACUGUACGUGAGUUAUGCUUCUUGGACAGACCCUUUACGUCGAGAGAGGGAGAGCAGAGAGAGAGAGAGAGGCAGGCAGGCAGAGUUUCCUAGCGUCCUCUCCGCCUCGCGUGCUAUCGGUGGUCAAGACGUACGAUCUCGAAAGUCUGAGAGCUGUGGCGUUGCGUCGAGGAGAGGAGACGAGAGGAGAGGAGACGAGGCGAGAGGAGCAGAGGAGGAGUCGAGUCGAGACGAGACGAGCAGAGGAAGGAAGAGGAGUGAGGGCGACAGGCGGAAAGCGGGAAAGGCGGAGGAGGAUUGAUAAUAGGGUUGUUGAAUGCUGAGUUCUGGUCAGUGCGUUUUCAAUUGACUGGUGAGAGGCUCAUGGCGUUGAGCUCUUGAGCUGUUGGGAACACAGGAUCUCGUAUGCGGCCGAGUUACGGGGAGUCUAGAGAAGGUUCUGGAGUGCGGCAAAAGUAUCACAGUCCUGUGAUGUGUGCGUUUAGCUCGUUGCGGCCAUCGGGGAUGUUCCUAAGCUUUGGUCAUUAGCAGAAGCCAGGAGGACUCGAACAGACGGACAUGGGCUGGAAAGCUCGGGGGAGGUCGAGAUGCAGAGAAUCGCACGCCGGAUACGUUCACUUGCAUGAGAGCGCGGGGGAAGUCAGCAUGUGGAAUCAAAGGUUUUCAUGUUCUAUGUAGUUGGAGGUUGCAAUUAUUGGAAUUAUGAAACCGCAAGUGAGCUGUGAGAUGAGAUAUAGGCAAGAGGAGCCGGCGACGAUCUGCCCCACACAGUGUCACGGUCAGUCUGCAGCUGAUUUGAAGCCGGGGGAGUGUUGUGACGUUGCAACUACCAGGAGACUGACCCAGGUGGUUUUCAUCGACGACGGCAAAAAGUUUUGUUGCAGGGCUGCGUAGAGCUGGUGGUAGCGUGGGUGUCCUCGCAUUGUGAGGCUCCAAAGGGACGUUGACCAUGCGAGAUGGAUCCGGAUGUUCAGUUAUUUAUGUGUGGUUGAUCCUUCUCCUGUCCACGUUCUUUCGAGCCUCCACUUCGGUCGCGCAAUCUCCCCAACCAGAUAACGCUUGUCCGUACGACGAUGAUCGAUGCGCUCUGCUCCAAUUCCAGGACGCGUUGGAGAAUAAAGGCCCGGGGAGUCCGCUAAACUGGAAGACCAGCAAUCCUCCUGCCAACUGGUCCGGUGUCGUGUGGCACCUGCCCGACGAUGGCCGCAUGUACGUCGAGAAGCUGCAGCUCCAUGGCUUUGAACUGCAGGGAGAUAUCCAACCACUUUUCCAACAGAAGCUCCUUCGUAUGUCUGAGCUCGAUGUAUCUUUCAAUAACUUCAGUGGAUCACUUCCAUCCCCCUGGAGAAUAUGCCCGAGUCUGAAAUCGUUGAAUCUAAGCGGCAACAGCAUCCAAGGGAGUCUUCCCAAAGAAGUUCAAUGCGAGGCGUCCGCCAAUGUCUCGACUCAGCUGGUCCUGGAAUCGCUGCGAAAUCUGCAGAAUCUGAGCUUGGCCAACAACAAGUUUUCCGACGGAAUUCCCAGUUCCUUACUCGAGGUGCUAUCCUCUCUGCAGGUUUUGGACUUGUCUGGCAACAACUUUACAGGAGCCUUACCUCGCGAGAUCAGUGCGCUUGUCAAUCUCACCACUCUUCUGCUCAAUGGAAAUGGGUUUGACGGGAGCAUUCCCCCUUCCCUUAGCAAGUGUUCGGAGCUGAAGGAGCUAAACCUGCAGAACAAUUCUCUGACAGGGCAGAUCCCUCGAGAGUUGGGGCAGCUCAGCAAUCUGUCUACUCUAAUAUUGGGCAAGAACAAGCUCACCGGGAGCAUUCCCCCUUCCCUGAGCAAGUGUUCGGAGCUGAAGGAGCUAAAUCUCGGUGAAAAUGAGUUUUCCGGACGACUACCUCUGGAUGUAUUCACUAGCCUUUCUAACCUUGAGAUUUUGGAUGUCAGUUCCAACCUGAUCGUGGGAGAGCUGCUAGUAUCCACUGAUCUAGGACAGUUCAGGUCUCUUCGGAAUCUAAUUCUCAGUGGCAACAAUUUGAGUGGCUCUGUUCCCGAGAAUUUGGGCAAUCUUACGAACUUAGAGAUCUUGGAGCUGAAGUCGAACAACUUCACAGGACACGUGCCGACGUCUCUAGGUGGGUUAUCUCGGUUGAGAACACUGAACCUGCAGAACAAUUCUCUGACAGGGCAGAUCCCUCGAGAGUUGGGGCAGCUCAGCAAUCUGUCUACUCUAAUACUGGGCAAGAACAAGCUCACCGGAGAGAUUCCUACCACUCUCGGCAACUGCGCCAAAUUGCGGAGUCUCUGGCUUAAUCAGAAUACUUUCAACGGUUCUAUCCCAGUGGAACUCUACCACCUUCGGAAUCUGGUGGUUCUGUCACUGUUUGACAACAAAUUGAAUGCGACCAUUUCACCGGAGGUACGCAAGCUAUCGAAUCUAGUGGUGUUGGACUUCAGCUUCAACUUACUCCGAGGAUCGAUACCAAAGGAGAUUUGUGAGUUGUCGCGAGUCAGGAUUCUGCUGCUGAAUAACAACGGAUUAACAGAUUCUCUACCGGAUUGCAUCGGCAAUUUCUCUUCACUCCAGAUUUUAGACCUGUCUUUCAAUUUUCUCUCUGGCGAUCUCCCCGGUGAUUAUAGCGGGCUUUACGCCCUGAAGAAUGUAAAUCGCACGCUCAAGCAAUUAGUGCCCGAAGAGAUGAGAAUGACCACUUACGACCAGCAGAUAAUGAAUCAGAUUCUCACGUGGAAAGCUGAGGAAUCUCCCACCUUGAUCUUGUUGUCUUCGAAUCAGUUCACAGGGGAGAUACCUCCGGGGUUUGGGGAGCUCCGGAAUAUGCAAGAGCUGGAUCUGAGCAACAACUUCUUUUCAGGGCCGAUCCCACCGGCUCUCGGAAAUGCCACUGCUCUUUUCCUGCUCAAACUGGCGAAUAAUUCCUUGAGCGGUCCCAUCCCAGAAGAACUUACUAAUCUCACUUUCCUCUCCAUUUUUAAUGUUUCCAACAAUGAUCUGAGUGGUCCAAUUCCUCAGGGAUACCAGUUUUCCACCUUCAGCAACGACUCCUUCUCUGGGAAUCCGCAUCUUUGUGGCUAUCCCAUGCCCGAGUGUACAGCGUCAUAUUUGCCUUCGAGCUCCCCUGCCUAUGCAGAAAGCGGUGGAGAUCUGGACAAGAAAUUUCUCCCGCUCUACAUCGUCGGUGCUGGCGCCAUGACCGCCUUCAUUUUUAUUGCGUCUCUGGUUGCUUGGAGUUGCAUAGGGCGAUGCAGGCGGCGGAACAGCUGUUUGGUCUCUCAUUCCUGUGAUCUGUUCGACAACGAUGAGCUUCAAUUUCUUCAAGUCACCAUCUCCUCGUUUCUCCCGAUGAGGAUAACUCACAAGGAGCUGGCCAUCGCAACCGAGAACUACAACGACAACAACAUCAUCGGGGACGGCGGGUUCGGGUUGGUGUACAAAGCUGUGCUCAACAACGGAGUGAUGGUUGCCGUGAAGAAGCUGGUGGAAGACGGAAUGCAAGGGCAAAGCGAGUUUCUGGCAGAGAUGCGCACCCUCGGCAAGAUCAAACACAAGAAUCUCGUCUGCCUGCUCGGCUAUUGCUCUUACGGACGAGAGAGAAUUCUCGUCUACGAGUACCUAAAGCACGGCAGCCUCGACAGUUGGCUGCACUGCAGAGACGAAGGCGUUCCCGGUCUGGACUGGAGAACGCGCUUGAAGAUCGCCCGAGGAGCAGCUGAGGGCUUGGCCUUUUUGCACCACGAUUGCAUACCGGCCAUCAUUCAUCGGGACAUCAAGGUCAGCAACAUUCUCCUGGACGGUGAAUUCGAAUCGAGGCUUGCAGAUUUUGGCCUGGCGCGAUCCACCAAAGGUUUCGAGAGCCAUGUGAGCACAGAGCUCGCAGGCACGGCGGGGUACAUCCCCCCAGAAUACAGUCAGGCAACCGCAGCGACCUUGAAAGGGGAUGUGUAUAGUUUUGGUGUAGUGUUGCUAGAAAUAAUCACAGGCAAAAGACCGACUGAUCCUUUCUACAAAAAGAAGGACAUGGCGCAUGUGGCUAUUUACAUUCAGGAUAUGGCAUGGAGGGACGAAGCUCUGGACAAGGCCAUGGCUUACUCCUGCAACGAUCAGAUGGUCGAGUUCAUGCGAAUUGCAGGCUUGUGCUGUCAUCCGUGUCCGUCCAAGCGUCCCCACAUGAACCAGGUCGUCCGAAUGCUCGAGCUUCUCGAAAGGCAGUGUCCCUCCAGAAACCCCAGCGUUGUACUAUAUGACGAGGAGGGCAUUUCUUCGCCCCGCUGUCGGUAAGCCAAAGCAUGCCACUGUACUCUAGCACUUGUUCGGUACUUUAACGGCUAGGUUGUAUGACAGCCCUUCCAUGUUUUGGUUGGAGUACAACCCUUUUUCAGAGAUUGUAUACAUAAGUGAGCCCCCACCCACCCAGACGAUGACAAUGAUUUCAAUUUAAUUAUGGUGAAACUCAAAUGCGUCACCCAUUGCUGUCGACUGAACUCUGUGAAUUUGUUUUCCCGGAUGACAUCGUGAACCCCAUGAAGUGCAGAAAUAGCAUUUGUGAGCAGAGCUGCCGCUGCUGCUCUGCUGUGAAGUGAAGUGAAUGGAAUCGGGACUCAUGACACACGUUCUGCUUAACACAUUCUCUUUCCUGCAUCGGAUUCAUGAUGAGGAUGUUGAACACAUUCAUUUUAGAAAUGCCACACUGAAACAGAGUCCAUCGAGUUUAGAGUUAUGUCAAACCACAGUACUUCUGAUGUCGGUCUUAUUGGCUCUGUAUUACUGUUCUGAAACGACCGACUCUACACACAUUCACAAAGCGGAGGACAAGGUCAAUGUACAUAGUGACAGACAGCACGGAGGCCCUCAAGUCCUUGUACAUGCGGCCAAUAAUGAAGAGGUGAGACGGCAACCAAGGUGCUUCAUAUGUCUUCACCAAACGACCUUAACCCUGUAGGAACGUCUGUUCCCGACUGCGACCUCGAAAACUCCUCUCGUGUCAUCUUUCUACGCCGGCAGUCAUUGGUCACGAAUCAAAGUUCUAAAAGCUUGUUGUUGAUCUUUCCAUCGAGGACUAAUAAUGGCCUUCAGUCCCGACGGUACACAAUUCCGCAAGCUUUGGACGGGAGACCUCCAAGGAUGUGUACUGUACUCCUCCCAGCAACCUGUCCGCACGGCGACGAACACGACCCAGCAACAUGAGCUGGGAGUGGACGAAAAUAAUGAUGAAGAGCGAGUAUCUAAACUUCCUCUGUUUCUUUGGAGUUGACGUCAGCUAAUUACUCAUACAAUUGAUGAACAAUGAUCGAUGAAAUUUGAUUGAUCAAUGCCAAAACAGAGGGCUCGUCUAGACACUCCGGAAAUUUCCAUAGGUAUAUAUAUAUCCUCACACAGCUUAUGACAACAUUCCCUCCGUCAGUCACAAGCAUUACAGCUCCCAAAUUUACGGCCAGAGCCACCAGGCUCUUUUUGUGAAUCCGACUCCAACACGUUGUGAUUUCUCACUAAGUUCUCUCUCUCGAUGACUAGCUUUAUCUGGGUCCAACUCCCCUACCC